CCACAAAAUUGUUGCUCCACACUCUACAAAGUAUAAAAUCGCAGCCCUGAGGGUCUCGCAGGCUUCUUGGCUCGCUUAUCCGCCCGCGCACACCGUCUUCUUCCUCAGUCACUUUGUUAGUUAAAUGGAAAAGAGUAUCUUCUUCUUCUUCAGCAGCUGCAGUUCCAUAUAAAUGGAAGCUAUCCUUCUCCACAAUUCCACAAAGCCAAUUUCGUCCUCUGUCUCUCAUUUCAAAAUGGCUCUACAAACUUCCACUUACAAGGCUUGGUCAAUGAAUUCCUCAUCAUUUAGGACCACUAGUUAUUUUAGCUCAUUGAAUAUAAGAAGCAGCUCUUCAGCUAGAGGUUUAUCUCUCUUGAAUGUGACUCGUUAUUGUACCUACUCUGACACUUCUCCUUCUUCGAAAAGGAGGUCUCGAGGACCUGUGAUGUUGGCCAAGAAAGCAUCUGAAGGUUCAAAGCAGGAAGAUGGGAAGUAUAAGCACACAGUUGAUCUGCCAAAGACAGCAUUUAGUCUAAGAGCAAAUUCUGUAAUUAGAGAGCUAGAACUUCAAAAACUAUGGGAUGAAAACCAGGUUUUUAAGAGGGUUUCUGAGAGGAAUAAUGGGGCAACUUUUGUUCUUCAUGAUGGUCCUCCUUAUGCUAAUGGUGAUUUACACAUGGGACAUGCGUUAAAUAAGAUUUUGAAGGACAUUAUUAAUCGUUAUAAGCUUCUUCAAAACCAUAAAGUGAAGUAUGUGCCAGGUUGGGAUUGCCAUGGUCUACCAAUUGAGUUGAAAGUUUUGCAGUCACUAGACCAAGAUGCUAGAAGACAGCUAACACCCCAAAAAUUGAGGAUCAAGGCAGCUAAGUUUGCUAAAACAACAGUGCAGAGUCAGAUGGCAUCAUUUAAGAGAUAUGGUGUAUGGGCAGACUGGGACCAUCCAUAUCUUACUCUUGAUCCAGAAUAUGAAGCUGCUCAGAUUGAAGUAUUUGGCCAGAUGGCCAUUCAUGGCCAUAUCUAUAGAGGAAGAAAGCCAGUUCACUGGAGUCCUUCAUCCCGGACAGCUCUUGCAGAAGCUGAGUUGGAGUAUAAUGAGGAGCAUGUGUCAAAGAGCUUAUAUGCCAUUUUCAGAUUAGUCAGUGCUCCACCUGCAUCAGAUUUUUUGAAGGAAUUCUUCCCCAAUUUGUGUUUGGCAAUUUGGACAACUACUCCCUGGACCAUUCCAGCCAAUGCUGCUGUUGCACUGAAUGCAAAGCUUCAAUAUGCCAUUGUCGAAGUUCAGUCAGUUUCAGUAGACAAUCCGAUAUCUAAAGAUGAAAAGAAGAUACCAGGAAAUUUGUUGAAGGGUUUUGAGAACCUCUACCUCAUUGUGGCACUGGACCUUGUUUCAACUCUGGAGGCAAAAUGGAACUUAAAGCUUCUUGUGAAGAAAACUUUACUGGGCUCAGAUCUUGAAAAUAGCAGGUAUAUCCAUCCCAUUGAUAACCGAGAAUGCCCUGUUGUCAUUGGUGGUGAUUACAUUACUACUGAGUCAGGAACUGGACUAGUUCAUACAGCGCCUGGCCAUGGUCAGGAAGAUUACAUUACUGGCCUCAAGUAUGGCUUGCCUAUAUUUUCUCCUGUAGAUGAUGAUGGGAAGUUUACUGAAGAAGCAGGACGAUUUGGUGGCCUUGAUGUGCUUGGUGAUGGAAAUACUGCUGUUAUUGAAUACUUGGAUGAAUGCCAAUCAAUGAUCAUGGUGGAGCGAUACAAACACAAGUAUCCAUAUGACUGGAGGACCAAAAAGCCUACUAUAUUCAGGGCAACUGAGCAAUGGUUUGCCUCUGUGGAAGGAUUCCGUCAGGCUGCAAUGGAUGCAAUCAACCAAGUGAAUUGGAUUCCACCCCAGGCAGAGAACCGUAUUUCUGCAAUGAUUUCUAGCCGCUCUGAUUGGUGUAUAUCCCGACAAAGGACUUGGGGCGUUCCCAUUCCUGUCUUUUAUCAUGUGGAGUCCAAGGAACCGCUGAUGAAUGAAGAAACACUUAGCCAUAUAAAAUCGAUCAUUUCUCAAAAGGGCAGUGAUGCAUGGUGGUAUAUGAAAGUUGAGGAAUUACUUCCUGAUAAAUAUCGUGACAGAGCAUCAGAAUAUGAGAAAGGGUCUGAUACAAUGGAUGUUUGGUUUGAUUCAGGCUCUUCAUGGGCUGCUGUGCUAGAGAAGAGGAACAGCCUUAAUUACCCUGCAGAUCUGUAUCUUGAGGGUACUGAUCAGCAUCGUGGUUGGUUCCAAAGUUCUCUAUUGACAAGCAUUGCUAGCAAAGGCAAGGCCCCUUAUUUUGGGGUCAUUACACAUGGAUUUGUGCUUGACGAAAGAGGGCUAAAGAUGAGCAAAUCUUUGGGCAAUGUUGUUGAUCCUAGGAGUGUGAUUGAAGGAGGGAAAAACCAAAAGGAAGCACCACCCUACGGUGCUGAUGUCUUGAGACUCUGGGUUUCAAGUGUAGAUUAUACAGGAGAUGUGCUUAUUGGCCCUCAAGUCCUCCGUCAAACAUCUGACAUGUACCGGAAACUACGAGGAACUUUGCGGUUUCUUUUGGCAAAUCUCCAUGACUGGAAAGCCAGUUAUGCAGUACCAUAUAGUGACCUUCCAAUGAUUGAUCGGCACGCCUUUUUUCAACUUUCAUCUAUUGUGAAAAAUACUAAAGAGAGCUAUGAAAAUUAUCAGUUUUAUAAGAUUUAUCAGAUCAUUCAACGCUUUGUUGUCAUUGAUCUCUCCAAUUUUUACUUUGAUGUAGCAAAAGAUCGACUUUAUGUUGGUGGGAGUACUAGUUUUACAAGGAGAAGUUGUCAAACUGUCCUUGCUGCUCAUUUACUUUCAAUUGCAAGGAUAGUUGCUCCAAUUUUACCCCAUUUGGCAGAGGAUGUCUGGCAGCAUCUUCCUUUCCCCUAUACUUCUGAAGAUGGAAAUGUAGCCACAUUUGUCUUCGAGUCAGGUUGGCCAGAAACAAAUGAAAGCCAUCUUUCCUUCCCCGAGGAAGACAUUGAAUUCUGGGGAAAAGUUCUUGAGCUGAGGACGGAGGUGAACAAAGCACUCGAAGCUGCUCGAGGUGGGAAAUUGAUUGGUGCCAGUUUAGAGGCUACGGUCUAUCUUUACACUUCUGAUAGUACACUGGCUGCACGGUUAAAGGAAGCAUGCAAACCCAAAUAUGAUGCUGAUGCAUUGCAUCGGAUCUUUAUAACAUCCCAGGUGGAGGUCCUUUCAUCCUUGGAAGAUGAGCGGAUUAAAGAUAUAGCGUACACAGGAGAGUAUCUUAUUCAAGGGGAGAGCAAAGUGUGGAUCGGUGUAUCACGUGCAAAUGGCGAGAAAUGUGAAAGAUGCUGGAACUAUUCGCUUCAAGUUGGCUCCUUUGACGAUCAUCCUUCACUUUGCAGCCGAUGUUAUGAUGUUGUGAGCGAAGUAGAAGCUCCUGAUGCGGAAUAUGCAGCAGGGGGUUCACAAGAAAAACAAGCUCUUGUGCAAUAAACAUGUAAAACAUGUGAAGUAGUUUGAAGUGUCUACUUAUAGUGUAUACAGCCACACAGUUAUUGCAUUGUGCUUCAGAACGAAGCCCCUUUUUGUUUUUAUUAUUUAUAAUUUUUAUACUCCAUAAUUUUUCUUUUGGGGGUCCAUUGUAUUUGACAUACUAUUUGGUGCUCACUAGGAAAAUCAGAAACAUUUUUGGAACCCAUCUUUAUUUGAGUUUGGCCAGGAAAA